GACAACGACUCUCAAGGAUGGGAAAGCUUCAUACAUCAAACUGAACUAUGUUGCAACAAUUUGACCUCUUCUGAGAUAAUGGGAAUCCAAAUACGAGAUGUGUCAAGUCUUGACUGGCUGAUGGGAAUGGCUAGUGAAGCCAUUUGUGCAGACUCCAUGUAUUUUCUGUAGAUGAUAUUGCGUUCAGUUUGUAUGACCCUAGCUCCACUUAAACAUAUAUGAUGGCCUUCCUCAUAUGCAGUGUGCUCAGCGCUGAAACCCAGAUAACGGCAAUCUUCGUAAUCACGUACCAUGGCGAUCUGAUGUCUGUUCCUAAUAACAUACUUAGCGGAACAUUGACUGCACUCUAUUGGAUGUAAAUAGAAACAAGAGGUGUCUCAUACACAAUUUGGAUCCAAAUUCCAUGGUAUCUCUGGUUCUUGGCGCUUUCUAUGAAUGUACCGAAUUUAAUUUGGGACUGGAAACUUACACGCAGAGUAAUUUACUACCUAAUAUGUGGCCACUGGAGAAGUAUGCUCGUUGGGAUGGCAACUGUUGGCAUCAGGUGGACAGUAAAGAGAACCAAAUGAGACUCCUGGUCAAGAAUAUGCAGUUACUGGUGGUUCAACAAGGAACUGUACUUGAGUCUGUGGGUCUUACUUCAGGCUCUGGUCAGCUGAGAGGAGUCUGGAAAGACACAAUUCUUGUAGUUGUUAUUAAACAUCAGACAACUUCUCGUCGGUUUCGUGUAAAGUUUGCUGCAACAGAUUUAAACUCUGCAAAAUCAAACUGCAGGGACUGUGUGACCAUCCUGUCUCAGUAUAUGCCAAUACAUGAUCCUACAGAAACCAGCACUACAGCACACAUAACAAUCUCAGACUGGUACAACAAUUUUAUGAAGGCUGAAGCUUCAAAUGGCAGCACUCUUGUUGAUUGCCUGGCUCCUGAACCACUUCCACCAGAAUUUCCUCUGGACAAGACUGUGCAACUGUGUAUAUUGGACCCAAGCUUUCUUGAGCUUGUCGGUAAGGUAGAUGCUACAUUGCAACAAAUGCACCUGUAAAUUACUGAUAAUUUCUGUAAUCACAUACAUCAAAAGUUAUAAUGCUAUGUACAUAAAUACAAAUGUGUAUUUGGAAUACCUGUUUUUAUUUAGCCUACUUUUUAUAUUAUACAAACACAUGUUCAUGGCACAAAAACAUGUCUGCCUCCACCCCCUCCCCCCCCCCACAAUAACUUACAUCAUUUAAAGGAUAUUUGUGACAUUUGGUAUAAUCAUCAUGCAACUACAGGUCUCUCCACUUUGGGCAAAACAAUGGGUAAAUGUCAGCAGCAUAUGUGGCUCUUUCUCAACCAGGUGAAGUUGGUUAAGUAGUUACCAAGUACU